AUGGCCAAUUUCAACAGCAAGGAAACUGAUUUCAGGGUAAUCAAACUAAUGGGCAACAAGGUUUUCAACCACAAGAGACAUAAAGUGGGGAAUAAGACUUUAGAGAUUUUGGAAGUUUUGAGGCAAGUGAAGAUCAACAUUCCACUCCUUGAUAUGAUCAAGCAAGUGCUUGCUUAUGCAAAGUUCCUCAAAGACUUAUGCACUAUGAAGAGAAGGAUUAAAUUAAGCAAGAAAGCAUUCCUCACCAAGCAAGUCAAUGCCAUCAUUGAGAAUAAGGCAAUGGUGAAGUACAAAGAUCCAGGUUGUCCUACCAUCUCAGUCCAAAUUGGAGACUCAAACGUGGAAAGGGCUCUGUUAGAUUUGGGAGCUAGUGUAAAUUUGCUUCCAUAUUCAAUCUAUAAGAAAUUGGGAUUGGGAGAGCUUAAGGCUACUACCAUUACACUCUCUUUAGCAUACCAUUCGAUUAAAGUACCAAGAAGAGUAGUCAAAGAUGUUUUGGUGCAAGUUGAAAAGUUCUACUACCCAGUGGACUUUGUGGUGUUAGAUAUAGAACCAUUGAAAAAUGGUGUGAAUUCUAUUCCAAUUAUUCUUGGGAGACCCUUCCUUGCUACAACUAAUGCUCUCAUUAACUGUCGAAAUGGAUUGAUGCAGUUAUCUUUUGGGAACAUGACAGUGGAAAUGAAUGUCUUCAAUUUAUGCAAGCAACCGAUGGACCAUGAUGAUGAGGAGAAUGAGGAAGCAUGCCUUAUAGAGGCCUUGGUGUAA